AUGCUGGUGCGCUCCUCACUGAAACCGCCCACGGCCGUGCUCCGCGCCUGCAUCACGAGUAAGAAGAGAGACACGUGGCAGUCUUGGCAGAGUCUCGAAAAGAUAUGUCCUGCAGCUGUACGUGUUUCGACUAAAGAUGACCAGAACACCAAUAUUAACCGGGAACACAACCAUGACCCCAAACCAGUCAUGAAGCUCCUCAAAAAUGAAUCUCCCUGCCUCAAUCCCGCAUUUCCCAACCAUAACCCCGUACCUGCCUACCUCAACCCAGCAUCACCCUACUUCAAACACGCACCUCUCUACCUCAACCCAUCACGUCCCUACCUCAACCCAGCAACACCCUACUUCAAACCCUCACCUCUCUACCUCAACCCACCACGUCCCUACCUCAACCCAUCACGUCCCUACCUCAACCCAGCAACACCCUACUUCAAACCCGCACCUCUCUACCUCAACCCAUCACGUCCCUACCUCAACCCGGCACCUCCAUACUUCAAACACGCACCUCUCUACCUCAACCCAUCACGUCCCUACCUCAACCCAGCAACACCCUACUUCAAACCCUCACCUCUCUACCUCAACCCACCACGUCCCUACCUCAACCCAUCACGUCCCUACCUCAACCCAGCAACACCCUACUUCAAACCCGCACCUCUCUACCUCAACCCAUCACGUCCCUACCUCAACCCGGCACCUCCAUACUUCAAACACGCACCUCUCUACCUCAACCCAUCACGUCCCUACCUCAACCCAGCAACACCCUACUUCAAACCCGCACCUCUCUACCUCAACCCAUCACGUCCCUACCUCAACACAGCAACACCCUACCUCAACCCAGCAACACCCUACUUCAAACCCGCACCUCUCUACCUCAACCCAUCACGUCCCUACCUCAACCCGGCACCUCCAUACUUCAAACACGCACCUCUCUACCUCAACCCAUCACGUCCCUACCUCAACCCAGCAACACCCUACUUCAAACCCGCACCUCUCUACCUCAACCCAUCACGUCCCUACCUCAACACAGCAACACCCUACUUCAAACCCGCACCUCUCUACCUCAACCCAUCACGUCCCUACCUCAACCCGGCACCUACCUACCUCAAACCCACUCCUCCCUACCUCAACCCACACCUCCCUACCUUAAACCCCAACGCCUUCCUUAAACCCACUCCUCCCUACCUCAACCCAUCACCUCCCUACAUCGAACCAACACCUCCCUACAUUAAACCCACUCCUCCCUACCUCAACCCAUCACCUCCCUACCUCAACCCAUCACCUCCCUACAUCGAACCAACACCUCCCUACAUUAAACCCACUCCUCCCUACCUCAACCCAUCACCUCCCUACCUCAACCCAUCACCUCCCUACCUCAACCCGCACCUCCCUACCUGCACCUCCCUACCUGCACCUCCCUACCUCAACCCGCACCUCCCUACCUGCACCUCCCUACCUCAACCCGCACCUCCCUACUUGCACCUCCCUACCUGCACUUCCCUACCUGCACCUCCCUACCUCAACCCGCACCUCCCUACCUGCGACUCCCUACCUCAACCCGCACCUCCCUACCUCAACCCGCACCUCCCUACCUGCACCUCCCUACCUCAACCCGCACCUCCCUACCUCAACCCGCACCUCCCUACCUCAACCCGCACCUCCCUACCUGCACCUCCCUACCUGAAUUACUCUGACGACUAG